UUUUUGUGUACGUGGUGUGCGUGUUUCUGUUUAUGGCGGCUGAAUGACUUCACGUUAUUUACUUAGUAAUAAACCCGGGUUAUAAGUGCGGGCUGUUUCAGCUAGGUUGUUUCUGAGUCGCUUCCGGCCUCAGUGGACUCGCGGUCUUGUGUCGCAUCUGUAGCUCCACGGCUGUGACAGUGUUGAUAAAAUCGGGCGGACAGACAGACAGUCAGUCAUGUGUUCAGUAAUCGGCAGACUGAAACCAAUUCCUCGUGUCCUGGCUGUCACACUUCGCCUGCUGCGAACAAACCCUACUGCAGCUUGUGGAAGGAGCGUCUGUCCUGUUAUGGCUAACUUUGACUCGCUCCCCAGAACCUACUGCUCCGGAACAUCGCCGGGACAAGGACUUUUCUUCAGACAGCUUUUUGAGACUGAGAGCAGCACCUACACCUACCUGCUGGCAGACACAGAGACCAAGGAGGCAGUCCUAAUAGACCCUGUGUUGGAGACAAUUGAAAGGGACCUGACCCUCAUAAAUGAGCUGCGGCUCACCUUGAAACUGGCAGUAAACACUCACUGCCAUGCCGACCACAUUACAAGCACCGGGCUGAUGAAGAAAAGGCUGGCUGGGUUAAAAAGUGCCAUCUCCAAAUUCAGUGGUGCCUCUGCAGAUGUUCUGCUCUCAGAAGGAGACAAGAUCACAUUUGGGAAACAUUGUCUGACAGUGAGGGAGACACCGGGACACACAGACGGAUGCGUGACACUGGUGUCUGGGGAUGACAGGAUGGCUUUCACUGGGGACGCCCUGCUCAUCAGAGGCUGUGGCCGGACAGACUUUCAGCAAGGUAGUGCUGAGAAACUCUACGAGUCAAUCCAUAAGAAGAUCUUCACCCUGCCUGACCAGUGUCUCAUCUAUCCAGCACAUGACUACAAAGGUCAGACAGUGUCAACUGUUGGUGAGGAGCGCAAGUUCAACCCCCGGUUGACUAAAAGCUUGGAGGAAUUUGUGGACAUCAUGAACAAUCUCAAUCUUCCCAAACCUCACAAGAUGGAUAUUGCAGUGCCUGCCAAUCUGGUUUGUGGAGUACAUGAAGUUUGACUGUCAAACAAGAAAAUUUUGCUCUAAUCAACCACUGUACACAGAAACGUGAUUAAGUGCAAGCUGCUUUGCUGUUUCAAUUUAUUUAGUUUAUAUAGUGCUAAAUCACAGCAAAGCUGCCUCAAGGCGCUUCACACAAGUAAGGUCUAACCUUACCAACCGCUAUAUGUUGGAUUCAUUUUUAAAAUUGUUUUGAAGUGUAGGUACCACAAUUAGUCCUGUUAGAAGUAAGCAAUAAGGAAAAUGUGAAGAAAUGACCAUGGGAGUACUUGGAUGUUAUGAUUCUUUAUUCAGUUAUGCCAUGAAUUACACAAUCACACAUUGAUGAGAAGGAAGGCUGUUCCACAAAAAAAAAAACAAAGCUGUUCCACUUGAGGAUUUGUUUUUCUGUUCAGUAACUCUUGAUUAAGACAACUGAGUUGCUUUCUGACUUUCCUGUGAUUCUGGAUUCCUCUAGCCAAGGUGGUAUAUACACACACACACACACACACACACACACACACACACACACACAGUCUUUUUGCAUACCAGCAAAAUGAAAAUAUCCCAUUUGCAUUCAGACUCACUCAUGAAAACAUGUCACAGCUUCUCAUCUGUUUCUCAAGACAUCUAAUAAAAAAAAUUGUUGAUUGAAAUGUGCAUUGUGUCAAUGAGUUAUGAGUGUCCAUGCCAAGUUAAAUCAGCAGAGACUGAUGAUUUGAAGAAAUACUGGAUUGUAGCACUUGACUGACUGACUUUUGGCAGUGACUUCUAAAAUAUUUACAUUAACCUGAUUUGAAAUGAAUCCAGGUAGUCUUUGUUGUCUCUUCUGUUUUCAUGGGAGUGGGUAUUUGGGCCAUAUGGAACACUGGUAGACCUGCUCCAGUGCAGUUAAUCACUGGACACAGUCAUCAGUAGGAACAGAUUCAGAAUUUGCCAUGUACAAUAUUUGUGCAACAUCUGUGCUGUCUAUACUGGACCUUUUGGACUCCACAAUGUGCUUUUGGGAUGUAGGGUAGUUUAAAGGGGGCUUAGAAUAAUGUUUGGGUUGGACCUGGGGAG